UGAUCCCGGUGAGAGCAGUCAGUGGUGGUAGCCGGGCACCAUCUAGCUGUACUGGACUCAGUCUGGUGGAGGCCUUGGUAGCCGUGGUUGAAAGUGUGUUUAUUUCUGUAAUGCUUUGCAGUUUACCAGGUAGCUUCACCAAAAGGUCAGCACUUCGAAUCUACCAGCAGCUAUGGGGCAGUUCUUCUUUGUCCUAUAGGGUCGCUAUGAGUCGGAAUCCACUGGAUGGCAACAGUUUUCACACAUAAUCUUGCUCCUUUUAGGCAUGUCAUUGCUUAUUUUAGUCUUCAUCAGAGACCUCAAGAAAUGGUUAGCGAGAAACCCAAGUCAGUUUCGGCACUUGUUGGUAAUGGUAAGGCAUUGCCUAAGGAGCCAGGUGUGAGGUUUAGUAGACUUGUUAAUCAUUUUACUUUUUUAGCUACCACUAAAAAAGUAGGUAGCUAAAAAAGUAGUUAAUGGCUUCAGUUCAAGAACACAUAUUUAAAUAUUUACUACUACACUUGAACUUAAUAGCCUAUUGCUACCUUCAGUGGCUGCAUGAGUAAUAAUAACUUAAUCAUUUACCUUUACUCUGAGAGACAGAGUAGCUUUACCCUGAUUGCCUUGUUCCUGUAAAUAUUAGAUGUUCUGUAUUCAUAGAUCUUAGCUGUGUCUGUAUCUUGCUCACUGACUUCCCUCAUUAUGAGAAAGCUGUACAGCUCCUCAUGUGUGUUGAUACUUAAAUCAUCAUACGUACAACUUAUGUAUCUUUGUGUAUGUGAGUACUUGUUAAAAAAACCAAACCAAACCCACUGCCAUUGAGUCAGUUCCAACUCAUAGCGACCCCAUAGGGUUUCCAAUGAUGUAAAUCUCAACAGAAGCAGACUGCCACAUCUGUCUCCUGAGGAGCGGCUGGUAAUUUCGAACUGUCGACCUUUCACUUAGCAGUGAAUUGCUUUAGCCAUUGUGCCACCGGGGCUCCUGAGUACUUGUUAAGUCAGGAAUAUUUCAGGAUGUUUUCUGGUUUGGGAUUUCAUACAUUGUUGUACCCUACAUCGAUCCAAAAAUAAAACAAUACAUUUUUUAUAAUGCUAAGCGAAUACUGACCAUGGAAGAUUAAGAACCUUUCAGUAAUCGAAUCCUUUCAAUUUGACAAGAACCCUGAUGGCUCAAUCGGUAAUCCCUCGGCUGCUAACCAAAAGGUCAGUGGUUCGAACCCACCAAGUGCUCUGCAGGAGAAAGAUGUGGCAGUCAGCUUCCAUAAAGAUUUACAGCCUUGGAAUCUGUAUGGGGUAGCUCUGCUUUGUCCUAUAGGGUCACUAUAAGUCCAAUCAACCCGAUGGCAAAGGGUUUUUGAUAUUUUUAGGUAAUUACUGCUUUCUGGGGGGAGUAAGAGAAAGUUUGCCUGAAAAUUUAGUUUAACUAAAGACCAAAUAAGGAGCCCUGGUGGUUCAACGGUUAAGCCCUAGGCUGCUAACCAAAAGGUUGGCGGUUUGAACCUAACCUAUGGGGCCUUUCUAUCUCUUCUGUCACAUGGGGUCACUAUGAGUUGAAAAUCAACUUGAUGGCACCAAGAACAACAAAUUGCAAAUUACUGAAAUCAGGACUUUUCUCAUCUUAAUCAUCUUCCCUCACUCCCCCUCACACAUAUUUUCAGUUUCAGCUGGACAUGUGUUUCUUCCAUGACUGCAAAUCACAUAAAAAUAAAUGCAGAAUUCAUUUGUAUUGUGAUCUGUUGUUUCAGGUAUUUCAGCUGUCUCCAAAGAUAACUUCAUGCUUACAUAAUGUAACAGAAAAGGUCAUAAAUCAUUAGGUAAAAAGAAGUGUGAAGCAUAUUCAGCAAGAUGAACAUCUCUGGAAGCAGUUGUGGAAGCCCUGGUUCUGCAGAUGUAUCUAAUGACUUUAAGGAACUUUGGGCAAAACUAAAGGAGUACCACGAUAAAGAAGUUCAAGGUUUACAAUUAAAAGUAACCAAACUGAAAAAGGAACGAAUUUUAGAUGCACAAAGACUAGAAGAAUUUUUCACCAAAAACCAGCAGCUGAGAGAGCAACAGAAAGUCCUUCAUGAAACCAUUAAAGUUUUAGAAGAUCGGUUAAGAGCAGGAUUAUGUGAUCGCUGUGCAGUAACUGAAGAACAUAUGCGAAAAAAACAGCAAGAGUUUGAAAAUAUCCGGCAGCAGAAUCUUAAACUUAUCACAGAGCUUAUGAAUGAAAAGAAUACUCUACAGGAAGAAAAUAAAAAGCUUUCUGAACAACUGCAGCAGAAAAUUGAGAAUGAUCAACAGCAUCAAGCCACUGAACUUGAAUCUGAGGAAGAUGUUAUUCCAGAUUCACCAAUAACAGCUUUUUCAUUUUCUGGAGCUAACCGGCUACGAAGAAAGGAGAACCUCCACGUCCGAUACGUAGAACAAACACAUACUAAAUUGGAGCACUCUGUGUGUACAAAUGAGUUGAGAAAAGAUCCAAAGUCUUCAGCUCAUCCACAGCAUAACCCUAAGGAAAGUGAAAUUCUAGUGGCUGACACUUGCAAUCAAAGUCAAUCUCCCAUGGCUAAAACGCACGGAACAAGCAGUUACUCCACUGAUAAGCCAUCUUUUAAUUUAGCUACCGUUGUUGCUGAAACACUUGGACUUAAUGUUCAAGAAGAAUCUGAAUCUCAAGGUCCCGUGAGCCCUCUUGGUAAUGAGCUCUACCAUUGUCUGGAAGGAGAUCACAAGAAACAACCUUUUGAGGAAUCCACAAGAAAUAGUGGAAAUGGUUUAAGAUUUUCAGAUUCUACUUCCAAGUCACCUCCCCAAGAAGAAUUGACUACUCGAGUAUCAUCUCCUGUAUUUGGAACCACCUCUAAUGUGAAAAAUAGUUUAGGUUUGAAUACAAGUUUGUCCCCUUCUCUUUUAGAGACUGGGAAAAGAAAACAUAUGAAAAUAGCCCCUUUCAGCAACACUUCUAAUUCUAGACCAGAGAAACCUAGAUCAAAAUCUGAAGAUAGUGACUUUUUCACACAUCAUAAUCUCGGGUCUAAAGUGAACGUGGUCGUCGGCCAGUCAUGUUCUGAUAAACAGAUGCUUGUAAAUAAAAGUAUAAGUGAAUCCAUAGGUGCACAGGGUAGUACUGAUCAUAUUAAAGAUGCCAUUACUGAUAAACAUUUAUUGCCCCUGAAACCACUGGGAAGCAGAACAUCCAAAAGGAAGAAAACUGAGGAAGAAAGUGAGCAUGAAGUAAGCUGCCCCCAAGCUGCUUUUGAUAAAGAAAAUGCUUUUCCUUUUCCAACGGAUAGUGAUUUUUGCAUCAGUGGGGACUAUGUGAUGGAUAAACCUCUGGAUCUGUCUGAUCGAUUUUCAGCUAUUCAACGUUUAGAGAAAAGCCAAGGAAGUAGUGAGACCUCUAAAAACAGAUUUAGGCAAGUGACUCUUUAUGAGGCUUUGAAACCCAUUCCAAAGGGUUCUUCCUCAAGUCGUAAGGCCUCAAAUGGGAGCUGUGUGCUAGCCAGAGAUGCCCCAGAGGAUCCCUGUGUGCAGGAAUGUAUCCUCCAGUCCUUGAGCAAAUCCUCUCCAGAUAAUAAAACACCAUUAAAAAUAAAAGAAGAAAACCCUGUCUUCAAAAUCCCUCUGUGUCCGCGUGAAAGUUUGGAGACAGAGAAUCUUUUUGAUGACAUAAAGGGUGCUGCUUCUCAUGAGCCAAUAAGAAUGAAAACCAGGUCAUCCCGUGGAGCAUGUGAACUUACAUCAGUUCUUCAGCUAAAUCCAUGUAGAAUUGCCAAAACAAAGUCCCUAGAAAACAACCAAAACAAAUCUUUUGAAAAUCUCCAGUGGAGUCUAGAUCCAGGGGCAGACCUUUCUCAGUAUAAAAUGGAUAUUACCAUAAUAGAUACAAAGGAUGGCAGUCAGUCAAGAUUAGGAGGAGACGAGACAGUGGACACGGACUGCACGUUGGUUAGUGAAACUGUGCUUUUAAAAAUGAAGAAGCAAGAGCAGAAGGGAGAAAAAAGUCCAAAUGGAGAAAGAAAAAUGAAUGAUAGUUUGGAAGAUAUGUUUGAUCGGACAACACACGAAGAAUACGAAUCCUGUUUGGCAGAUAAUUUCUCCCAAGUAGCAGAUGAAGAGGAGGAAUUGUCAGCUGCCACAAAGAAACCAGACAGUAAUGGUGAUAAACAUGAUAAAAUCAAGCAGAAAGCAUUUGUGGAGCCAUAUUUUAAGGAUGAUGAAAGGGAGACUAGCUUACAAAAUUUUCCUCAUAUUGAGGUGGUUCGGAAAAAAGAAGAGAGAAGAAAAUUGCUUGGACACACAUGUAAGGAAUGUGAAAUUUAUUAUGCAGAUAUUCCAGCAGAAGAAAGAGAAAAGAAGUUGGCUUCCUGCUCACGACACCGAUUCCGCUACAUUCCCCCCAACACACCAGAGAAUUUUUGGGAAGUUGGUUUUCCUUCUACUCAGACUUGUAUGGAGAGAGGUUACAUUAAGGAAGAUCUUGAUCCCCGUCCUCGUCCAAAAAGACGGCAGCCUUACAAUGCAAUGUUUUCUCCAAAAGGCAAGGAGCAGAAGACAUAGAUGUUGAAGCAAAAACAGGAUAGAGGACAAUUUUUUCAUUUUUAGUUAUUUAUAGUUAAAGUUGGUAUUAAACACUGAUUUUUUUCUUUUUUAGUCUUCCGUGAACUGAUUUAUAAAUCAAUUUUCUAUUGAAAAUGUUUUUAAAUGGCAUUUACCCACCACAGAAGCAAGUAUUUAAAAUGUGGAUGAGUUUAUGUUGUGUUUUCUUGCUUUUGCACCUUUAAAACAGUAAGGUGCUUUCAUUUUUGCACUCUAACUUAAGAGGUGUUUAUUUACUUUAUUUGGUAAUUCCCAAUUACAGUUUUGAAAAUACAGUUUUUGUCUGAUUUGUUGCCUUCCGAUCUUUUCUUUCCGUCUUGCCUUUAUACUCACAUUUAGCAGCAACUUCAUAGUAAUCAUUACAGAUCUUCAUUCUCUUCAUCAGUUGCUCUUCUAUAGGUCAUACCAAUGUCUGGCAUUUAGAUCUAAAAAAGGCUAAAUUUGAAUAGUCCAGCUGCUUUUUUUGUUAAAUUGAAAUGA